AAUUGCAUCUCGCUUGCAAGGGAUCAUGGACUACAAAAUGGCUUCCCACGUUGGCCUGUUCUGUCGUUUCUGAAGCGUCUCAAAAUAUCUUGUGUUUUUGCUGUAAACAGUAACCAUGCAACCUGGAGCCCCUCCAUUGAUGGGGCAGAGAAACAAUCCUCCCAAUAUGGGAGCACAAGACAGCAUGCCACCCCUUCUACCUCCACAAGCAGGCUUUCAGCUCCCUCCAUUUGACCCAUCUGCCAUGGGUAUUCCAGGUGUUAGAGGCCAGAUGCUCCCCCCUGGAAACAUCCAGGGUCAUGUUCCACCACCACAAAUGCCUAUGGCUCCAAAUCAAAUGCCACCCCAAAAUCCACCUAUGAUUGACAGUAAUGGGGACAUUUGGCUAGAGCACAAAACAUCAGAUGGCAAAACAUACUACUACAAUGCACGUACAAGGGAAUCUGCAUGGGAGAAACCCAAAAAUCUUGUAACGCCCUCAAAGCCACCACAAGAUGGACAGCAACAACCCCCCCAGCAACUAGAAAACCAGCCUCCAACAGAACAAAAUCAACAAGGAGGUCAACCAGUGAAUCCACAACCCCAGUGCCCUGGUGCUGGAGAGGAUAAUAGGAAUAAUCAAACUUCACAGACACACCAAGAGCAGCCCCCACAACAACAGCGGCAACAAGAUCAACAGAAGCCUGAUAUGCAGCCUCCAGAACAUGCAACGCAACCGCAAUCUCUUCCUGAUCAACAACAACAACAACACCCUGGCCACCAACAGCAACAGCACCCUGGUCAAUCACUGCUUGGUCAGCAACCACAGUCAGGCCCAGGGCAGCUUGGCCAGUCACUACAGCAACAGCACCCUGGUCAACAGCAACAGAAUCCAGGACAACAGCAGUCUAAUCAGCAGCAACCACCACAACAACAGCAACAUGGUCCAGGACAAAUGCAGCCAAACCAACAGCAUCCUGGACAACAGGUGUCAAGGCAACCACAGAAUGCAGGCCCUGGGCAGAUGCAGCUUGGUCAACAGCAAGUACCGAAUCACCAGCAGUCUCAACACCCUGGUCAACAACAGCCACCAAACCAGCAGCAGCCACUUUACCCUGGGCAACAGCAGCAGCCUGGACAGCAAAAGCCAAUAAUGCCUUUGAUGCAAGCGCCUCAAGUAGGCCCCCCAGGCAACAUGUCCAUGCCAAACCACAGACCCCAGGGUUUACCACCUGGUAUGCCACCAAUGGCGCUUUCCCUUCCAGGAAUGCCACCCCCUGGUUUGCUACCACCACCUGGAAUGCCUCCAAGACUACCAAUCCCUGGUCUAGGUCUGCCUGGAAUGCCACUUCCAGGGAUGCCAGGAAUGCCGCCGAUGGGUAUGGUAAAACAAAGUGAGUGGUCUGAGCACAGGACCUCUGAUGGUCGUGUGUACUUCUACAACUCAAGGACUAUGCAGUCUACAUGGGAGAGGCCAAAGGAGAUGGACCAAUCACAGCAGCCAAUGGCUAUGCCAGGAAUGCCUCCUGGAAUGGCCGGCAUGCUGUCUGGACUCUUCCCAGGACCAAGGGGACUGCCCCACCCACCAAUGCGGAUGGCCACACCUCAGGCACAAGAAGUUGCUCAAAAGGCAGAUCAAAGCCAGCAACCAGUUGCAGCCAAAGAGGAGGAAAAAUCUUCUGGAGCAGAGGAGUCCAGAGAAGAAAGCCAGGAAGCAGAUAGGAGCAAGCCUGUUGCCAGUGAACUGGUUCCUGGCACAACUUGGUGUGUUGUUUGGACAGGGACUGGCAAAGCCUUCUUUUUCAAUCCUGCAACUCGUUUAUCUGUUUGGGAGAAACCAGAAGAACUCAAGGAUAAUGAUAAAGUGGAUGAAAUAAUUGAGAAUGGUCCACCAAGUAGAGAAGAAAAAAGCAAGUCAAGAAAGUUGUCAUCAGAUGAUGAAGAUGAGCAUCAAGCUGCUUCCAAGAGGCCAAGAAGGGAAAGCAGAGACGAGCCUCCCCAAAGUACUUCUAGUGAUGUGGAGAUGAAAGACGAGCCUUUGAGAGAGCCUCUUCCUCCUGCAAAGCACACCAAGGCUCACCGAAAGGAAGAGAAGGCUGCCAGGGACAGAAAGAUGUUGCCUUUAGAUGAAAGGAUGAAACAGUUCCGGGAGAUGAUGCUCGAACGAGGGGUGUCGGCCUUCAGUACCUGGGAAAAAGAGCUUCCCAAGAUCGUUUUUGAUCCUCGCUACCUGCUUCUGAAUCAAAAAGAACGGAAACAGUGCUUUGAGAAGUUUGUGCGCACAAGAGCUGAUGAAGAGAGACAAGAAAGGAAAAACAAGAUGAAAGAGAAGAAGGAUUCCUUCAAAGCCAUGCUACAAGAGAUGAAAGUUACAGUCAAGACAUCAUUUAGUGAGUUUGCAAUGAAGCACGGCAAAGAAGAGAGAUUCAAGCAAAUUGAGAAAAUGAAGGAGAGAGAAGCUAUCUUCCUUGAAUACAUAUCUGAGCUCAAGAAGAAAGAGAAGGAGACAUCGAAGAUCAAGAACACCAAGCUUCACGAUGACUUCUUUGAGCUUUUGGAGGAGCAGAACCUUGAGGCUGGAGCCAAUUGGCGAAAGGUCAAGUCAAAGAUAGAGGAUGACCCUCGGUAUAAGGCUGUGGAAAGUGUGUCCACAAAGGAGGAUUACUUUAUGCAGUUUAUGGAGGAGCUAGAAAAGAAGGAGAAUAGUGACAAAGAGAAGCAAAAAGCAAAAAUGGAGCGUAUGGAAGCAAGUAUGCGAAAACGAGAAAGCGAAGUCAGGGAGCAACAAGCCGAAUUUGCUAAGGCUCGGGAAAAGGAGAAGGAAUUUCACCUCAGAGAUAAAGCAGUCCAACAUUUCAGUGCUCUGCUCACAGAUAUGGUGCGCAACUCUGAUGUGACUUGGAAAGAAACAAAGCGGACACUACGCAAGGAUCACCGUUGGUCUAUGGUGGAGCCACUACCUAAAGAGGAGAGGGAGAAAAUUUUCAAUGACCACAUCAGCCAGUUACAUGAACGCAAAAGAGAACAGUUUAGAAAACUAUUGGAUGAAACAACAGAGUUAACCCUUACGUCCUCAUGGAGAAGUAUCAAGAAAAUUAUCAGAGAUGAUCCACGAUACUCAAAGUUCUCAUCACAUGACAGAAAACGCGAAGCAGAAUUUACUGAUUAUCUACAAGACAAGCAAUCCAGUGCAAAAGUGGAUUUCAGGCAGCUUCUCAAGGAAACCCAUCUUAUAACAUAUAAGUCAAAGCAAAAUAUUGAAAAUCACAGGAAGCAUCUCAAGGACAUAGAGCAGGUUUUAGAAAAUGAUAGAAGAUACCUUAUUUUAGAGUGCAUGCCCGAGGAGCGAGAAAGGCUGCUAAUGGGUUACAUUGAUGAGCUCCAUCGACGAGGCCCACCCCCCCCACCUACUGCAACACUUCCAAAUACCUGGAGCAAAACACAUUAGCUAAAAUAGCAUGCUUGGAGUUGAUCUCACCUUUGUAAAUAAUGCCACAUUUUAGAAUAAGGCUGCUUUUUUAUUUCUUUUUGAUGAUUCCUGAAUCUAUAGGUUAUCAAAGAUAGAAUACAGUACCUUGUUUAAUACACCCUUAAAAUUUCAAAAAAAAUCUUUCCUUUUAAAGGGGUUUAAUGUGGGGAUUUUUUUUUAAUGCUUACACAAAUACUGUCAUUACCUGAAUGAAGCAAAAUAAAAUGGCCUAUUCCAUAGAAAGAGUUACCUACAGAUGCAAAUGUUUACCUUAAUUAGUCAUUGAGGAUUAAAACGUUUGCUGUCUGUAUGCCAAACUAAGAUUUUCUAAGUACGGUUAGUGCCUCUAUCUGCUGAUCAAACUUGUGUGACAUGUUUUCAUAGGUGACAGAUCCUAUCAAAAUGCUAGAAUAAUUUCAGUAGUGAAUCAAAUUCCCUUUAUGCACUGUGUGAAAUGUAAUCCAUAGUCUCAACGAAAAUGUCAUAGUUUUGUUACUUGUUCCAAAUAAUGCAUGGGAGGUUAUAUUUCUCAAAAUGAUGUUUGAAUUAAAAAUGAUGCUAAAAACAACUGUUACACAAGUUGGAUAAACAGGCCAAGCUAAAUGGCAUAUAAAAAGAGGAUAACUGAAGAUGAUAGCAUUUUUCACAGAGGUUUUAAGAAAUCCUAAAGUAUCAGGCAACAUUUACUGGAUGUUGGCAUAAAUUACAAAACAACAACAAAAUUAACAAUUAUCAAAAGGUUGAUGUCUCUAAAGUAUUGUAGUUCUCAUUGUAGUAAAUGCCCCUACCUGGUCAUCUCAUUUUUAUUUUUCCUUGGUUUUUUUCUUAUUAUUACAGAAUGGAAUUUCACAUUUGUAUUACUGUGCUCCUAGACUAAAAUUAUGCCCAAUAAAUGUUUUUUACUGAGGUAA